AUGGGUUACGUAUUCGGCCGUCCAACAAUCUUUAAAAAACGCAGAAAUUCGAUUCAUACAUUAAUAAGUAAUUGCUCUAGCAAUUAUUCAUCAACUUCAUGUACGGAGAUUAACUCAUCUCCAAAGAGUCCUUUGAAACGAUUCAAGUUAUUCCGUUCAAAGAGUAAAGAAUCAAAUGAAGGAUUAUCAACUUCAUCAUCAACAUUAUCAACAUUCAUUUUUCCUCCUAAAACGGUACAUCUUCAAGCAGUACGUCCAGAACAAUUAUCUGAUUUAGCAGAUGAUGAUGUUUCAUCCAUAUGUUCGGAUGUGUUUACAAUGAACGAUCGCGAUCGAAGGACGUUAUCUGUGCCCAAUUUGCCUGCUACGCUACAUCAAGCACAAAAUUGGGACAAUUCCCCAUCUUUAAGUGGUGUGUACAUCUCCCGGGGAGUAUCGGAAACACUGCUCGAAGAGGAUGAGGAGGAUGAAGAUUGGGAUUCACAAAGUGACUCCGGUUUCAAUGAACCUGUCAAUAAAUCCGCGAAAGCGUUGUCACACACUUUGCCCAUUCCUAUUACACCAACUACACCAACACGAAGGCGACAUAAUCGAUGUAAUUCAUUACCUCCGCCCAAUAUUCAUGAUUUUUCGCCGAGUCUAUAUCAUCGACGACCGACACCGAGUGAAAGUUGGGAUGAUGAUUUUGAUAUAGAAGUGAACGAAUUGAACGUUCCAUCGAGAGUUGAGGAAAAUCAAAUCUCAUUAAGAAUGGAUAUUUCCAACAUUAAGGAUUUCGCAACACAUAUAAGGAAAUUAAAAGAUCUUCGGGAAAAGAAGGAGAAUUUUUCAAAUGAUAUUCAAUCAAAAAUGACCAGACGAUGGUCAAAUGGAUUCUUACGUACAUCCUCCAAGAAAUUCAGAGACCUUGAGAACCUUUAUAAACGGGAUUGGGAAGAAGCAGCCGUAAUUAUUGAUAUUGCAGAUGUUGCGGAUAACAAAACAACCAUUGACGAAAAACGCGUUGAAGUCGAUAUCGAAAAAAUUCCUUCAAAACGUCAUAUGAAAAUAUUUAAGAAAAUCAUUGUUGAAAGUUUAGGCGAAGAUGCAAAAGAUCUUGUGUCCUUUGAUGAUGACAAAGAAAAUCAAUAUGAUUACAACGUUCCUAAAAAUAUUGCUAAAAAGCAAAAAUUGAUGUCAUUUCGUACAAGCAAUAAUAAAAUUUGCAAUAGUGAAAAAAGAAGAGAGAAUUUUCGAAUGUCUGUGGAAGUAAUGCCGAGUUUGGUAGAUCGAUUGAAGCAAUUACAAUGCAGAUUAUCUCGUCAUGUAACGGACCUAGAAACUUUGACACAACAUUAA